AUGGAGAACAUCCAGAGCACCAAACGCACGCUCAUCACCGCCAACCACAUCCUGCACCACCAGGGUCAAGUGCUCGAUGCGUACGGACACAUCAGCGUCCGGCACCCAUCAAAUCCGUCGGUGUUCUUGAUGGCGCGCUACGUGCCCGCGGCGCUAGUGGCGUCGCCCGACGACAUCGUCGAGUAUCGCGUCGCGGACGCUGAGCCCGUCGACGCGCACGCCCCCAGGGGCUACACGGAGCGCUUCAUACACUCGGAGCUGUAUAAGCGGUUCAGCGAGGUGCGGAGCGUCUGCCACAGCCAUGCGCGGGAGGUCAUUCCUUGGGGAUUGCUGGCCGCCAGCGACGGCGGGAGGAAGGGAUCAGAAUCGGGACUGAAGGCCUGCGUCAACACGAGUGGUUUUUUGGGAAAGGAAACCCCCGUCUUUGAGCCCCGUCCGCAUUUCAGGCCGGGAGACAUCAAAGACCUCCUGAUCCGCUCCGAGCAUCUCGGCGCGGGCCUUGCAGCACUGUUCACCAACGACGCGGCUGACGGUGGCGGCGGUCAACUGGACCGGAGCGUGGUGUUGAUGCGAGGGCAUGGGAUGACCGUGGCGGCGACUUCUAUUGAGCAUUGUGUGUUCCGUUCAAUCUACACGCGAAACAAUGCCAUUGUCCAGAGCACGGCCGUGAUGCUAAACAGCUCGUUGAGGCUGGGAUCGGAUGCCACUGGAGACGAGGAAGAUCUAACGUUUCUCGACGACGACGAGGUGGCGGAUUGCACCGGAAUUAAUGUCAAGACAGUCCUCAGACCGUGGACGGCUUGGAGUCGGGAGGUUCAGGCGAAUCCGUUGUACGUGAACCUCGCGUAG